GUGGCCUCUGUAAAUCUGCCACACAAAUUAACCGAUACACAUUUAUGGAUAAGUUGUCAUCCCAACGAUCUGGGCCGAGUGAGCAGAAGGCAGAGCCGUGUGGAGAUAACAUGCCUUUUGAUGAGCAGCUAAGGACCACACUGCACUGUGACGACAAGGAAAAGCUUCGUAGGAAGUUGGCACUGUUACAAAGGGAGUACCUCAAGACAACUCAGAGACUUCAGCGUGCUGAGCGUGUUGACGCAGUGCGCAAACACGUGAGGAGCAGAAUCAGUCAGCAGAACCAGGGAGACCCAGACGUGACCUCUAACCCCCGUCUCAGCCCCUCUCCAUUGAUAUUGAACGACACCAAUGGGGCCGCCACAAGUGAAGCUCAGUGCGAGGGACACACUGGAGGUCCGGUGGAUUCUGAUAACUCCAGGAGGAGCCAGGGGAUCAGGUUCCUGCUCCCUUCUGAAGAUCCUUGCACUGAAACCCUGACUCCCAGCCAUGACACACCCGGAGGUCACAGGUCGAGCCCCGCUCUGCGCCUCAGGUCUCGACGCAGCCGCCUGCGUUGGGAGAGGAGGAGCGCCGAGGCUGGCAGGAGCACGGACGACAACAGUGAGGAAGGAAAGGAGCAGAGUGAGAGGAUGGCGGUUGGGAGUGAAGGGGGAGACAAAACACGGGGAACAGAGGUUGUGAAUGAAGGUCAAGAGCUAUGUUCUGGUACUGAGUCUGAGUCUCCAUCUCUGCUGCUGACACACUGGAACACGACGCAAAAUGAAACAGGAGAUAUCGAGGGAAGUCAAAUACAAGAACAACCAGAACAAAGGGGGAAAGAGACCGAGUUCAGAUCUGAAGGGAAAAAAGAACCAACUUCUUUGGUGCCUUCACCUUCAGACAGGGAACUAAACGGCGCAGAGCAGAGGAAUCAAAGGCUUUGUGAAAACAGCAGCGAUAAAGACAAUGAACAAAAGUCAGCAGAGAAAACAGAAACGGAAAAAAGUCAUGAAAAUAUAUCUGAAUUCAAAAAAGAAAAAAGUGAGAUGGUUGGAUCGGGGCAUGAUGUAAAGGCUGUCAGUCUCCUGGACUCCUGUACCCUCGUGGAAGGACUACUUUACCCCGCAGAGUACUACGUCCGAACCACAAGGCGUAUGACCCAAUCACAGAGCCAGCCGAACAUGCAGGCUAUCAUUCUCUCCCAGCCGAGCGCCGGGCGACGUUGCAGCAGCCGGGGCCGUGGCGGCAGGGGAUCGAACCGGCACACGCCCAACCCUGAACGUUCAGAUCAACUCACUGCAUCUGUAGCUCCUUGCCUGGACUCACAGCCGGGUGAGCCGAACACUCAGAGCUCCAGCGAGAUUUCAGAUCGAGUCUCAGGUUGUCAGAUCGACACGGGUGCUUGUUUUUCUCCUAUUGUCACCUCUGCUCGUCCAGCAAGAGGGAGGAGGAAGAAGAGAGGAAGGGGAAGAGGGAGACCUCAAACCCCACGAUGCUCUCUCAGUUUAGACUCCAAUCAGCUCGGCCUUGCACAAAAGACCUCAGACGUUCCCCCGGCAACAAGCUCCCCGGUCGAUUCCUCCCCGUCUCUUCAUGGAGCUGAUGGAUCGAAGCCCUCUAUCUCUCCGGUGCAGGACGUCCCACAGCCUGCGUCCACAAACAGCCCAGAUACACCGCCUUCCUCUGGGGUCAUUGUUGAUCCGUCCAGCUCUGCAUCUGGACCUCUGGGGAAGGUCUUUCCCAUCUUUCGUACGAGCGGCGAAAGGAGCACCAGAUCCACUCAGAUCAGUAGAGAUGCAGCGAGCUGGCAGUGUCUCCUCCUGCCAUCCCCUCCCCCGGCCCAACCUUCUCUGCUUCCUCUCCCCUCUCUGUCUCCUAGCUCGCUGUUCAACUACUUUGACACUAUCCAGGAUUUCCAUCUCCCUGAUGACCAGUUUGCUUUUCUCAAGCUGCGCAAGCUCCGCCAAGUCUCCGUGGUUUCAGAAGUGGAACCUUUUACCUCGCCGUCUUACAACACGCGCAGAAGCAGCCGCCGUUUUGUUAGCAGUGACUCAGAGAGGCGUCUUCCACUGCCGCUCAGCCUCACACCCACCCUCACAAGGUCACCCCAGACCGCUGCUGCUUCACAUUCUGACCUGCAAAAUGUGUCAAUCAAACACAGCCAGUCCUUCCCAGAAGACCCUGAACAAGUUAUUAAAGAAACCCUUGGAGAGCAGCAGACUGAAAACCUCCAGAUAGAGUGUCAGAGUUGCACCACCUCAACAGUGUCUGAUCCAGGGGUUCAAGGUCGUUCUGGUGACUGCGUUGAUCAAUAUAAAAAGCAAGAGAGUAUCCUUCUGAAUACUCACCACACUGUCGAACCUCAGCCUCACAUCAGCUUUGCAGACAGACCUGUAGAACAAGUCAAACAUGAUGACAUUGGGUGUUCAGAUGAACUUCAAAUCAAAGAGUCGUCUCUCAUUUUAUCAGAGGAACAAACAGUUAGUCCGGGUGUCAUCCAUCCUUUGGAGGAACAUAUGUCGACACACAACCAAACUGAAGACAAAGAUGUCAUCAAGACUCUUUCCUUCGAUUGCUCUCUACAGCAAACCCCAGAGGAGCCUCCUAUAAGCCGCGCUGCUGAACAGUUAUGUAACGUCAGCGAAGCUCCAGGAGAGUCUCCCGUACAGAAUCUGCACGAGAAGUCUCCCACUCAAGACUCAAGGGAAUCGCCUAGAGCCAGAUCGAUGGGAAACAAAAACAAGUGUGUACAGCCCCACAGCUCUCAGCUCCUGUUGAGCCCUGCUCUGACCUCAGCACCCUCCAUAACCCAGCCCCCGCCCUCCUCUGCUCUCCUCUCCAGCCCCACACUGCCAUCACUAGGACUCACCCCCCGCCUCCUGCCCCCGCCCUCCUCUGCCCCUCCCCUCACCCUGCCUCCCCCUCACAGCCCAUCCACCCAGGCCCUCUCCCCUCCGGCUCUCUCUCCGUGUCCAUCCCAGAUCCAUCAGAUCCAGGCUUCAUCUGAGCCGCCGUGUACAGACAGCCGGGCCCAGAGCGUUGAAGCUCCUCCCUGCAGGACAGCCUCCGGCAUGCUGCCACAUGGCUCAGGAGGGCGGGCGGAGACAGCGGAGGAACAUGUGAUGAGAUGCACACACACACUAAAGGCCCCGGCAGGAGGCUGUCUGGUGGAUGCUUGCCUCCUGCGUGGAUCAUCCGGUGGUUUGUGUGUCGCCGCAGCAGGAAAGUGGGCCGUGUGUCUCUGGAGUCAGACUGCAGCUUCUGACUGGAGCCUGACUCACACCUGGGCCUUCAAUGAGGUCAGUGCGUAG